GUUAACCCCUCCUACAAGCUGGCCCAUACAUCAAGGCAGCUCCCUAGCUCCAUCCAUCCCCAACAUAUUACCAUCGCGCAACAGUAUUGGAAGACCAAGAGAAGGAUCCCCUGUAGCUGCACUGCAGCUACCUAAGCUAAGCUCCCUCCCAGCUCCUUCAUCCCUAGCACGACACGGCUACACUUGUUACCCUAGCUAGCCAGGAGUACGUGUGUAUAGCGCGCACUCUCCGACGGCUAUGAGCGAGCAAGUGAGCGACCUUCCUGCCGAGACCCCGGCGGACGGCGCCGCGGAAAUCGUCUCCUUCUCGCAGCUCCCCUUCGUGCGGCCCAAGCCACCGUCCGCGGCAGCGGCGGCAGAGGCUCCCGGCGGGCCGUCGAGCCCCACGUCGUCGUCCAUCCGUCUCUUCGGCUUCGACUUUCCCCCAGACGUCGGCGGGACCGCCGCGUCGUCCUCCGUCACCACCAACGGCGACGCUGCGGCCAACCAUGGCGACCCGGGCCAGGCGGCGUCGGGUACUGCAAGUGGCGCCGGGCGCAAGUUCGAGUGCCACUACUGCUGCCGCAACUUCCCGACGUCGCAGGCGCUGGGGGGCCACCAGAACGCGCACAAGCGGGAGCGGCAGCACGCCAAGCGCGCGCAGUUCCAGAGCGCCAUGGCCAUGCAGCACGUCCACCACGGCCACUACUCGGCGUACCCCGCCUUUGCCGGCGCCGGAGGCUACCACCACCGCUUCGUCGCCGCGCCGGCCCCGCCGCACAUGGGCGGCAACGGACGCUACGAGCCGCCGCCGCACUACCCUUCGUGGUCGUCGGCCAACCACCUCGCGCCUCCCAUGGUGCCGGCCAGCAGGUACUACGGCGGCCCUGGCUCCGUGUCCGAGCCGAUCAACGGCAGCCCGGUGCCGGCGUCCGCGCUCUGGCGGCUCCCGGGCGCUGUCAACGUGGCCGCAGGAGCGGCACCAGUGCCACCGCCGCAGCAAGAACGGCCAGCUCUUGUUGCCAGACGUGAUGAGAUGGCGGCGGCGUGGGGAUCAAGAAGAGGAGUCACCCAAGCUGCAGGCUCCGCAUCGUCGGCAUCAUCGGCGUCCUCAUCGUCGCAGCACGAAGCGCGGCACGGGGCGGGAGACGCUGCCGAGAAGAGAGCCAACGUGAGCUUGGACCUGACCUUGUAGUUCUCUCCACCAAGGAACGAUUACGGGGUGCAUGCGCCGGCGGUUAAUUAAUUAUUAGUGGCCUGGUACGUUCGUGCAGAUCGAUCGAGAAGAUUUAAUUCUUUUUUCCCUAGUUCGUGAAUUUGUUUAGCUCAGUGGAGACGGAUCGAUCGAUGGAGAUUCUUUUUUCUUCGGUGCCCAUUUUUGCAGUCCUUUCUCUCUCGUCGCUGCAGCAGCGCACAUCCGUACGUGCAGCUUCUCUGAUGUCUCAUCGCUUUAGAUUGCUUUGUAAGAAAACAAAGGGGGAAUAAAUGGAACAAACCUUGGGGCAACAGGGCAUGAAAAGGAAAGAGAUCGUGUCAUUUUGUUUUAA